AUGCGCGAAGAUUUUCUUCAACAAAACGCAUCAUCUGUAGGCCCACUUCGAGAACAAAAAUACAAUUUAAUGUCAUUAUCAUCAUCAACAGCAUCCACAUCUUCUCAUUCAAAAAUUUGUUCUAGCUCAACAUCAAUAAAAAAUGAAAAAAUCAAAGGAAUAAGACGAACGAAUGAAAAUCGUUCAAAAACAAAAACUCAGAUAACCGAAAAAGAUGCUAAAGAAGCAAUAACGAAAGGACUUGUGACAGAAAUUGAUAAUAUCGAUGUAACACAAUUAUCGGGCAAGUCAUUCUCUUGUUUAAUAAAACAAAAUUUAAUCUGUCGAAGAUUUGCUGAAGUUAAACCACCCUAUUCGUACAUUGCUCUAAUUACAUUAGCUAUUGAAAGUUCAAAAAAUGGUAUGAUGACACUGAAUGAAAUUUACAAAUUUAUUCAAGAACGAUUUCCAUAUUUUUCUCAAAAUCAACAAAGAUGGCAAAACUCAAUUCGUCAUAAUCUAAGUCUUAACGAUUGUUUUAUUAAAGUUCCACGAACACCUGGUAAACAUGGAAAAGGAAAUUAUUGGUCAAUACAUCCAAAAUGUAAAGAUAUGUUUGGUAAUGGGUCAUUUUUAAGAAGACCAAAACGUUUUAAAUUGGGAACAACAACAACAACAAGAACAGAUUCGGAAGAACUCUCUGACUAUGGACAACAUUUAUCGCACACUGAUUUUUCAUCAUCAUAUGAUCAUAAUACAUUUUUUUAUAAUACAAAAACAAAACCAGAGUUUGAGCAGAAUAACAAUACGGAUGAUUAUGGAACAUACAAUCAUUCAAACGACUAUCUGUCUGAAUUUACUCAUGGUAAUAUACAUUGUCCGCAAGAUUUUCAUGGAUUAUGGCCAUCAUCCAAUUUUAUCAAUAACGGACGUACAUCAACAACAAUAACUGUCAAUGAUUGUCCUAGUUUAAAAUCUUCUACACCAGUUUUUCCAUUAUGCUAUCCUCCAUCGAUUUCAUCGGUAAAUGAAACGUUUUAUUGUAAUAACAAUAUCAUGCCCACCAUUACGCCUGAUGAUAAUCUACAAUUAUCACCAUAUUUCACAAGCAAUUUCUAA